AUGACGUCACGUCCUUCAGCUCGUCCUAAGCGUGACGGAGAGAACUUUGCGCGAACCCAUCAUCACGAAGACGAGUCCGAUUCGAAACGAGUCAAGUUCGACGUGCGCAACCCUUCAACCCUUGCACCUGACGCUCGCGAAGAAGAUGCCAUCCUUGACGCCGAUGUCAUUGGCGGCUCGGGAACCAAGCGUGGAGCUGUGAACCUCGAUGGCUAUGACAGCGAUUCAGAAAACGAGGACUUCAACACACGCAACGAGAAGCGCAAAAAAGAGGAAGCAGAUGCUGCGAAGUCCGGAUCUAAAGCCCCAGGCACUACAGCGGGCGACGAUGACGACGACGACGACAUGUUUGCUGUGGAUGACGAUGAUGUAGCCAACGGAGACAAUAAUGUUCCUGAGGGAGACGACGUCGAAGAGAGCGGUGGCAAGAAGAACAAAGUUCGCUUCCUCGAUGCGGAUAAGAUCGAUGGCGUCGAAAAUACUAGCAGAAACAAGGAGGGCAUUCGACUCGAUGAUGAUGGAAGCAGCGAGGAUGAAGCUGAUGUGGAGCUUGCUAUACAAGAAGAGGGAGUCGACGAGGAGGUCGGCUUGGGAGGACUCAAGAAACAUGCCCCUAAAGUUGAGGCAUUCAACCUGAAGCAAGAAAUGGAGGAGGGUCAGUUCGAUCAAGAUGGCAACUACAUUCGCAAAGGUGGCGACCCCGAUGCUGUACACGACAACUGGUUACAAGGUCUCAGUAAGAAGGAGAUGAAAAAGGCAGCGGCAGCGCACGAGAAGCGCGAAGCCGAGGCGCGGAAACAGCGUUUGGAAGAUGAUGCGAUCAUCGUAUCCGAAUUGCUCAAGACUCUGAUCCUUAACCUCGAACGCGCCGAGACGCCGCUCGAGGCCCUAGCCCGGCUGGGGAAAAAGCAAAUAAAACCCAAGAAGAUCCCCAAGUGGAAGCUUAAGAAGAUGAACAAGGGCAAUGAAGGUAUGGACAUCGACGGUGGGGAGGAACCCGAGGACCCGGAGCAAAAGAAAAUCAAGGCAUCAAUUGAUGCCAUCACAGAAGCGGCAGAUAAGCUUUUGAGCAGAGAUCAUGAGGAGAUCUAUGAACAAGAAAGGGAGUUGCUGGUACGGGAAUAUCGAAAGGAGACAGGAGAGGAUUGGGUGGAACCAGCAAAGCAGGAUGAGGAUGACGAGGAGCAAAGGACAGAGGUGAAACCAGGGACAAUGUGGGAGUUUAGGUGGGCAGACGGACGCGAUGGAAACUCCCAACAAGGACCGUAUGAUGGGGCUACGAUGACGGCGUGGAAGGAUGCUGGGUACUUUCCAGAUGGCGCGGUCGAGUUCCGACCCGUGGAGGAGGGACAGAACUGGACUACACAUGUCGAUGCCUUCGAAUGA